AUGUCGGAUAGGAAUAUCGAUUUAAAUAAAAUUAUUAUUGAGGUCGCAAAACUCUUGGAAGUAAUAAAAGAAAAGAACAAAGCCGCGACAAACAGAAGGGAAUCUAAUCGUCCUAACCAUUUCCAUAUCAGACACUUUAGACAAGUCAGUCAUCCUUAUAUGGGAGACCUCAUAAGAAAUCAUCGUAGAGAAUUUUUCAAAUUUACCUCUGAAAUCCGAAAGUAUAAUACUGUUAGCGAAGCUCAACCAGAAGUUACUCGAGAAAAUAUUUCCAAGGAUCCAAAAAAAUUUGAUUAUAAAGAAACAAAAGAUGAUGAUCAAUUUAUUGAUAAAGUACAAGAUGCGGCGGAUGAUCUCGUCGAAAAAUUUAAUAAAAUCUCUCUAUGA